AUGACUGAAAAGAAUGAUACGGUGGUGACUGAGUUUAUUCUUUUGGGAUUGACAGACCACCCGGAACUGAAAGUUGUGCUUUUUGUGUUGUUCUUGGUGAUUUAUGCCGUUACCUUGGUGGGAAAUCUGAGCAUGAUCAUCUUAAUCCGAAUCACUCCCAAGCUCCACACACCCAUGUACUUUUUCCUCAGCUGCCUUUCUUUUGUAGAUGCCUGCUAUGCAUCUGCCAUUGCACCCAAAAUGCUGAUAAACCUCCUGGUUGUGAAGGGAACCAUCUCUUUUUCUGCUUGCAUAGUACAGCAUUUGUGUUUUGGGAUAUUUAUUACCACAGAAGGUUUUUUGCUAUCAGUAAUGGCCUAUGAUCGUUACGUGGCGAUUGCAAAUCCUUUGCUUUACAGUGUGGCCAUGUCUAAAAGGAAGUGUGUAGGGCUGGUCAUUGGGUCAUGGAUAUGUGGAACAGUUAACUCUUUAGUACACACAGUGAGUCUGGGCAGACUGUCCUUCUGUAGGCUGAAUGUUGUCAGCCACUUCUUCUGUGAUAUUCCCUCACUCCUAAAGCUGUCAUGUUCUGACACCACCGUGAAUGAGUUAUUGCUCUUAACUUUCUCUGGAGCCAUUGACGCCACCUUCUUGGUUGUGAUGAUUUCCUACAUGUUCAUUGUUCUUGCUAUCCUGAGAAUCCACUCAGCAGCAGGCAGAUGGAAAGCCUUCACCACCUGUGCUUCUCACUUGACUGUUGUGACCAUAUUCUAUGGUACCAUAAGCUUUAGUUACAUUCAGCCAAGCUCCCAGUAUUCUGUAGAACAAGAAAAGGUCAUUUCUGUGUUCUAUACACUAGUCAUCCCCAUGUUAAACCCACUGAUUUAUAGUCUGAGAAACAAAGAGGUAAAGGAAGCUGUGAAAAGGGCCUUAGAGAUGAAACGUUUCCCCUGUAGAGUUUAA